GCAGGCUGCCAGAGAUCCCACGGCGCCUGGCAGCGCACAGAGGGACGCGAUGGGCACGGGCCGUCCUCACUGCCACGCAAAAGGACGGAGCCUGCGCGUCCGUGGGAUGGUGCUGGGCACGGGGGGAAACGGAAAGCCUCCCCAGAUGCUGAUGCAAGCAGCCUUCCAGCAAAGCGCAGCCUUGCAGAAAGGCAAGGCAGAAGCACCGAGUGUGGCACAGCACCCAAGAGAGGCAGAGGUGCUGAGUCCAACUGAAAGAUCGACCCGAAAGCGGUGCAGGAAGGGCUUUCUGGGAGAGCUUGUCUUCAGGCUGGGGGGCUUCCUACAUCAGCAGGUCCCAGCUCAGGGGGAAGACCUGCCCCUGCCGUGUGCCCCCGCUCUGUCUCCAAGUCCCUGGCUGCAGGUAAACGCAAGGGCUUGGAGGAAGAGCAGCAAACAUCAGCGCUGCUGCCUGCCUGCAAAAGAGCCAGAGGUCAGAGCGGAGGCAGCGUGCCGGCUCCAGCAGCACAGCCUGGGCCUGCUGCAGCACGGAGCUCCAAGCUGCGAGAGGGGAAAAGAGUUGGAGCCUCUAAGAAGUCCAAAGGCAGUGAGGUGCCACAUGCUCCACAAUGAACAGCCUGGUGGAGAUGAUGCAGCAGCUGCAGCUGAGGGACUGAGAGGAGCAGCAUCAGCCGGCAGCGCUGCGGCGCGCGGCGUUACAGGGCAGCGCUGCGAGUGCCGCCCAACUCCAACUAAACUUUG